CAAAGCGUUCUGGGACUCGUGGUUCUCAGGGUCUUAAGGAAAAGCGGAGCGGCGUCCAGUCCAGUUGGAUGUUUCCCCAGCCGAGCUCGGGGUCCCGCGCGCUUCAGUCCCUGCUCAGCUUCACCCCGCGGGGGAUUCUGGGAGGGGACGUCGCGAGUCUCGAGUCGCUGGGCGGGUUUCCAGAACCCGCGGCGCCGCGGGGAGAAUGAAGAAACGUUGGCUCUGAGGGGACUGUGCAAUUUGUUAUUGGUUUGUAUUAAAAAUGAGCAAUGCCUGCCUCAAGCUGUAUUCCCGUGAAGUAAUACAGGUAAUAUCUGCCAGCUCUGAAGGUGCUUCUCUAGUAAAUAUAUAGCGUUGAUUCCCCAGGUUAUGUUAACUAUUUCAUUCAGACAUUGUAGGCUCUUGAAAGAGGACCAGUUUUUGAGUCUCACUGCAGUUUUACUCUUAUGACUGAGUUAGUUAUUUAAGCUUUUUGAACCUCAAUUUUACUUGUUGGUAAGAUGGGGAUAAUAAUACUUAUCUUUGAAGUUUUGUGAAGAUUAAGUAAGAUAAUGACAUAUACAACAUGUAUAUGUUAGUAUUACAGGAGGCACAACAAGAUUUAUUUAUUCAUUUUGCAAAUAUUUUUUGAGCACCUGCAAAGGCUCUGGCAUUAUUCUAACACCAGAGAUACACCAGUGAACCAAACGAAUCCUAGUUCUAUUAGAUCCUAUGCUAUUGUUUGGGGAAACAACAAUAAAGAGAAGAAAACAUGUCAAGUGGUGUCAAAUGCUAAGAAGAAAAAUAAAUCAGGGUAAGGGAAAAGAGAAGGGAGGUUCUCUUUAGAUAUCUCUAUCUAAAUGUGGUGACAACUGAGCACAAGCAGGAAUGAAGAGAGGGAGUGAGCCAUGUCCAGGAAGAAGGAAAAGCAAAGGCAACAGCCUUGAAGAAGCAGUAUGCACAGUGUUUGAUUAACUGUGAGAAAACCCGUGUGCCUGGAGUGGAAUGAGCCAAGGGGAAUGAAGGAUACUGUUCUCCAAAAGAGAAGAUUGAAGAAGGAAAGAAGAAUGGCUGUUGGACUUUGUAAAGCCAUGUCCCAGGGUCUGGUGACCUUCAGAGAUGUGGCUCUAGAUUUUUCCCAAGAGGAAUGGGAAUGGCUGGACACGUCUCAGAAGGAUUUAUACAGAGAUGUCAUGUUGGAGAACUACAGGAACUUGGUAUGGCUUGGACUCUCCAUUUCUAAGCCCAACAUGAUCUCCUUAUUGGAGCAAGGGAAGGAACCUUGGAUGGUGGAAAAAGAGAUGUCAGAUGGUCAGUACGCUGACUGGGAGUCUUGGUAUGAAAUCAAGGAAUUAUCUCCAAAAUGGUACAUUGAUGAAGAGCAAAUAUCCCAGGGGAUGGUAAUGGAAAGACUUAAAAGUUAUGACCUUGAAUAUUCCAGUUUCAGAGAAGCCUGGAAAUAUGAAGGUGAACUUGAGCGGCAUCAACGAAAUCAGGAAAGGCAUAUCAGGCAAGUGACAUCUCUUAAGGAAAUCUCUGCUGUGAAAAGAGACAAUAAAUAUAAUAAUUCUGAGAGAAGUGUUCUCUUGAAAUCAGUACUUUCAACACAAGAGAGGGUUUCCACAGUAGAGCAAGUAUGUAAAUUUGAUAUUUAUGAUAAAAUGUUUCCCCCAAAUUCCAUCCUAAUUGAACAUAAAAGAUUACCUGCUGAGAAGGAAUCUUUGGCAGAUAAUGAAUGUGAAGAAUUCAACCAGAAUAGAUACCUUAGAAAAGAUACAGGAAUUCCUCCUGGGGAGAAACCUUAUGAAAGUAAUGAUUUUUCAAAUCUCUUAAGUUUCCACUCAUUACUCACUCAACAUCAAACAACUCAUUUUGGAAAAUUACCACAUGGGUUCAAUGAAUGUGAUGAUGCCUUUAGCUGUUACUCAUUCUUUACUCAACCUCAGAGAAUUCACAGUGGAGAGAAACCAUAUGUAUGCAAUGACUGUGGAAAAGCUUUUAGCCAUGACUUCUUUCUGAGUGAACAUCAAAGAACUCAUAUUGGAGAGAAACCAUAUGAAUGUAAGGAAUGUAACAAAGCUUUCAGACAGAGUGCACAUCUUGCUCAACAUCAGAGAAUCCACACUGGAGAGAAACCCUUUGCGUGCAAUGAAUGUGGGAAGGCCUUUAGCCGUUAUGCCUUCCUUGUUGAACAUCAGAGAAUUCACACAGGAGAGAAACCGUAUGAAUGUAAGGAAUGUAACAAAGCCUUCAGACAGAGCGCACACCUCAAUCAGCAUCAGAGAAUCCACACUGGAGAGAAACCCUAUGAAUGUGAUCAAUGUGGAAAAGCCUUUAGCAGACGCAUCGCCCUUACUCUGCAUCAAAGGAUUCAUACAGGAGAGAAACCCUUUAAAUGUAAUGAAUGUGGGAAGACUUUUGGCUAUCGCUCACACCUUAAUCAACAUCAGAGAAUUCAUACAGGUGAAAAGCCUUAUGAAUGCAUCAAAUGUGGGAAGUUUUUUAGGACUGACUCACAACUUAAUCGGCAUCAUAGAAUACAUACUGGAGAGAGACCUUUUGAAUGCAGUAAAUGUGGGAAAGCCUUCAGUGAUGCUUUAGUUCUAAUUCAUCAUAAGAGAAGUCAUGCAGGAGAGAAACCCUAUGAGUGUAACAAAUGUGGGAAGGCCUUCAGUUGUGGCUCAUACCUUAAUCAACAUCAGAGAAUUCACACUGGAGAGAAACCCUAUGAAUGUAAUGAAUGUGGGAAGGCUUUCCAUCAGAUCUUGUCCCUUAGGCUACACCAGAGAAUUCAUGCUGGAGACAAACCCUAUAACUGUAAUGAGUGUGGGAAUAAUUUUAGCUGUGCCUCAGCCCUUAGACGUCAUCAGAAAAUUCAUAAUAGAGAAACUCUCUGAUUAUAACAACUAUAUGAAAGAAAACAUUUAGUCACCACUCAGUCCUUAUUAAAUAAAUAUCAGUGAAUUUUUUGGUUAAGGAUUCUGUGACUGUAGUAAAUAUGGAGAAGCCUUCUAUUUAUGAGUAUCCCUUAUAUGAAACAGCCUGAAUAGUAGACAUCUGUUACUUUUUGAUCUGUUCUAUGCCCCAUUUGAAACUUACCUCACCCUCAGUGCAUAUCAUUCUGAUGAAAUUAUUGAUCAGGGAGAGGAGUGGAUUGGUCAUAGGCUGGCCACAAUAUGGUUAAUAAGGGGUUGAUUGGUAGAUGGCCUGUUUGGACCACUAGAACCCUAGGUGGGUAUUGUUAUGGAUAGUAAGAGAAGAUCAUUUUUUUCCUGGAAUUGCAAGUUUCAAGGAUUUGACAGAUUUUUCAAGGUUAAAAACUUUCCGGUAGCUUUUUUUGCCACUGCAUGAGGAAAGCCUUCCCAAGAUCAGUCCAACACACAGGAAAAUGGAGAUAAGAGACAGAAAUCUGAUGACAUUGUUUGAUCUUCUGAAUUCAAUCAUGCUGAGUCUAUACCAUCUUUUACUUUUUAAUUUUUGUGAUCCAAUAAAUUCCCUUUUUUUGCUUAA